AUGAAGUCCUUCAAUCUCCUCGUGGCCUUGAUCGGUCUAUAUAUCAACUCCGUCUCAGCGAUCUGCUUCUUUACCGGCGCCAAAUUUGAAGACCGCGACGCUGCACGUCAGUAUGCCAUCGACGCUUGCAAAGGCGACCGCGCUGUUUUUGACCGUUGGUAUAAGGGUGGCGGAACUGUCAAGAAGUGCUUUCAGCGCUCUCCCACGCAAAGGAUCGAGUUCUUGGUCCGGGACAAUGAGAUCUUUACUGGCUGGGGUCUUGAUGCCGAUGGCUGCGUUGAGGAGUUCCAUAAUGUGAUCAAUCGUUGCUCUCGUGGAGGGAGCUCAGAUGUAGCCACUUGGACUUUCAGAGUCGACCCAAAUAAGGGCACCUGCGAAGAAGCUCGGCCAUGA